CCGCAUGGACCCACCUCUUCGCCGUCUUAUAUACGUGUCCGAUGAUCUGUUAAUUAUCCUUUCUUGCUUUCUGAAAUCCAACCAGGGGUUGACAUCUAUGUUUUGUUUCCAUCGCAUGAAGCUUAUUAAAGUCCGUAAUUCUGGUUAGCCGCGCACCAUUAUCCUCUAUUCAAUCAUAAAUUAAGCCCUCGAAGUCUUUAAGUAUUAUAUAGAAUUUCCAUCGUCAGUUCCCCAAAAUCUUCGCUAAAAACCGACGAGACCGUGCUCCGACACUUACUUCUCCGUCUCUCUUGGGCUUGGCACUCUUGCAGCUUCAUUAACUGCUUGAAUCCUCGUCUUCCGUUGUACCUUUUCUUCUUACUUGGAUUGGAAUUUCAUCUCCGUUAGUUCAUAUUCAUUCUGUGUCCAUCUAUAGACUAUAAUUAAAUUUACAGAUGAAGCGACGGACAAAGCACCUGCAGCAGAGGACUUGGGCUGAACUAUGUUGUUUGGGUUGGUCCUGCCUACAGCUCUUCUGGGCUCGAGUAGUCGUGCGCAAAUGGCUCAACAUAGAGAGCAAUGAGUCCGAUUAUAGCGCCGACCCUGAUGAUGAUGAUGAAGAUGACCCUGAUAAUGAUUCCGACAACGAAGGAUUGGGAAGACAAUCACGGUUCUGGGCACAGAUAAGCAAUGAAGCUCCCCAUGAAUCUAAUGAAUAUGUUCCAAGUUUAAGGAGGCAAAAGUCAUCAACUUACAGGGCGCAAUAUAUAAACAAAAAGGAGCUUAAAGUAUGUGUUGGGACUUGGAAUGUUGGAGGAAGACUUCCACCAGAAGACCUAGAUAUUGAUGAUUGGCUGGGUAUUGAUGAGCCAGCUGACAUUUAUGUUCUUGGUCUUCAGGAGAUUGUACCCUUGAAUGCUGGUAACAUUUUCGGUGCUGAAGAUACUCGAGCUGUUCCACUAUGGGAAGAUAUCAUUCGAGAAACACUGGAUAGAGUUCGACCAGAAGCACCAAAGAUAAAAUCCUUUAGUGAUCCUCCAUCUCCAUCAAAAUUUAAGCCACCAGAUGACAUCCCAGAUAUAGAAGAAGAGAUAUUACUUGAAAGUGAUAGUGACAUUGGUGAGGAAGUUCCUCCUUUGUGUGAUGAACACAAAGCUUCUGAUGGACUUGCAGAUGGAUCAGUCACCAAUAAAAUCUCAAAUGUAAACGUACAUAAUUCAGAUGCCACUAAUUUUGCCUACUCAGGACCAGUUGACUUGGAUUUACAAAGACAACUUACCUCUCCAAGGAAGUUCAAUAGAUUAAAUUGUUUGAACACUGAUGAUUCAUUAGAAAGUAUGGACACAUCAUCUGCACUGCAGACCUCUAAACUAGCCAGAGGGCUUAGUGGGUCUGAAAGGAUUGGUUUGAGCUGGCCAGAACCACCACUUGAUCUUCUAUCCAAGAGAGUUUUAGAGAGACCAUGUUCAUUCAAGUCAACUAAUUCCUUCAAAGCAUUGAAGUCCUUCAAAACAUAUAAUUCUUUCAAGUCAACUAUGAAUGAAGUACCAUUGGGAAUAGCUUUGCUUUCAGAAGUUGACCUUGAAGCUUUGAUGAAGCGGAAAAGAAGAUCAUCAUAUGUAAGAAUAGUUAGUAAGCAGAUGGUUGGACUUUUCAUUACUGUAUGGGUUCAUAGGAGCUUGCGGAGACACAUUCAAAAUGUGAAGGUGUCAACUGUUGGUGUUGGUGCCAUGGGAUAUAUUGGCAAUAAGGGAUCCAUAUCUGUUAGCAUGUCCAUUUAUCAGACACUUUUUUGUUUUACAUGUGUCCACCUUGCGUCAGGGGAAAAGGAAGCAGAUGAACUUAAGAGAAAUACUGAUGUACAUGAAAUACAUCGAAGGACGCAAUUUCAUUCGCGUUCUAAAAUUGCACUUCCCAAAAGUAUCCUUGAUCAUGAAAGAAUUAUUUGGUUUGGAGAUCUGAAUUACCGAAUUAAUUUGUCAUAUGAGAAAACAAGAGAUCUUGUCCUGAAAAAGGAGUGGUCAAAAUUGGUUGAGAAGGACCAGCUUGUGCAAGAACUCAAGAAGGGUGCAUUUGUUGGAUGGUUAGAAGGCACGCUAAACUUUGCCCCUACUUAUAAGUAUGAGAUUAAUUCAGAGAAGUACCGUGGAGAAGAUCCCAAGACUGGGAAGCGUAGGCCAGCAUGGUGUGAUCGUGUUCUUUCAUAUGGCAAGGGAUUGAGAUUGUUGAGUUAUAGAAGGACUGAGCUCAAACUUUCAGAUCACCGCCCAGUUACCGCCAUCUAUAUGGCUGAGGUGGAGGUGUUCUCCUCUAGGAAGCUACAACGAGCACUGACAUUCACUGAUGCAGAGAUUGAAAAUGAAGAAGUCCUAUCAAAUUUAUGAACCCCCCCCCCCCCAACACAAAAAGAUAAAAACUUUUCUCCUUUCCCUUACAUAUCCGUCCUUUGUCAUGUUAAUCAUUCCUUCCUUUGGGGAAAUGCAAGUCCGACAUACUGAACUGCCAGGAGAGUUUCCAUCACCACAUAAUAAUGGGUUUCAUAUGAGGUCUAAAGGAGGUUAAGUAAUUCCAGCAUUUUACAGCGCAGGAGUGGCAGGUACUGAAACUUUAUCGGUUGAUAUUGCUGGCAUAAGAUAAUUGAUUCUUUCAUUUGAUUUUAGUAGACUGACACAGAAUUGUAUAGUCGUAGUACCGGUAUUUUGAGCGGGUUGUGAGAUUUUUGCCAAUUGGCGUUAGUGGUAAUGUUACCUUAAGGCUGUAUUCUUUGUUUGUCUGUAUUGUUAUGGGCGUUCAUGCAUUGUGAGAGACACCUUUUACGGGGGAACUUUCUUUUAUUUGUAUAAAAAUGAAGGACUGGCAUAUUAUCUAUGAUGGUUCUGCUUGCCCAAGAACCUCUGUAUUUUUUGAGGGAGAGUGAUGAUGUAUCCUCUGUGUAUUCUAUGUUCAUUCGCUGGUUCACAGAUAAAGGCAUUUUAUAUUUUCUCCCCGUGUA